AUGCCAUCUAGAGAAAAGCCACACAGAAAAAAAGCAUCCAUGUUCAGGUCUGAGUCCAGCAGUGACUUCUCAACCCAGAAACAAGAGCAUUUCAGGAACGGCCUUUUCUAUUUAUCUGAAAGCUUUCAGCUCUACAUGCAGAACCGAGCUCUAUUGGUCCCACACUCGUCUCUGAAACUUCUCUUCGUACAACCACGUUCAGAGGGGCAUGUUUUCCCAGUCUCCACCCUGCACUCUAAUGGUGAUGCUUGUGGUGGAGACCUGGCAGGGGAAAAUCUCUUCCACAUGCUCCUAGAGACAGUGAGUCAGUGGACUAGAUUGUGUGAGCUGGACAUUCCCUCUGCAGUGGAGGAACACUUACGAAACCCUGAAGACCAGAUGUAUCGACUUCCUGCUGCGGUCCUGAACUUAGAGAAGAGGUUAGGGGAACCCGUCAAAGUCCACAAUGAUGACAAGAUACGCCGACAGAAGCUACAACAGCAGAAGAAGAGCGAUUCUCGCCUAAAAGGCCCUAAUACAGAGAUGGAGAGUCCAUCACAUCCAGGUGUUGAGCUCUCUGCUGCUCUGGCGAAGCUCUCUGCAGAUGCUGUUUCUGCUCCCGCCACCAGGGAGCGCUCUGACAUCAGGAAAGUCAAGACCACAGAUCUGCCAGAGCUGGAGCAUGUGUUUGCAGAAGGGCUGUAUUUCACCCUCACCGAUGUCGUCCUGCUGCCCUGCAUCCAUCAAUACCUGAUCUCGCUCCAAAAGCACACCCCCUCCACCCUUUCCCAUCUCCCCUUGCUGCUGAGAUGGUACCAGCGUGUACAGGAGCUCCCCAGCGUACUGAGGGCCGCAAAGGAUUGUGGUAUGGCCCUCCUCAGUCUCAGCACGGCCGACCCUUGCCCUCCCCAGCCGGAGAAUCCACAACCCAGUGGAGCAGAGCAGGAAGGGCCACAACUCGAGCAAGAGCCCUUCAUCGGGGGACCGCGACCAACUCUCACCAAACUGCAAGAGAAUGGAAUAGACGCUGUUUACUCUGCUCACCCUUGCCCUACAUGGACAGUUGAUUGGGAGAGCCUGCCGGCAGCUGUCAACCCCACUGAAGGUAAGAUGUCAGACGCCCGCGCCGUGCGCAAACAACAACAGCUCAACAACCUGGUUGCCAUGGUGACGGAGCUGGCCCACCCCGGGCACACAGUGGUGGAUUUCUGCAGCGGGGGGGGGCACGUUGGGAUUGUUUUGGCAUACACGCUUCCUAAAUGUCAGGUUAUUCUCAUUGAAAAUAAAGAGGAGUCACUGGUCAGGGCCAGAGACCGAAGCGCUCAGCUUGGACUGACAAACAUCGGCUUCGUCCAGGCAAAUCUUGACUAUUUCACUGGAAACUUCAACAUUGGGGUGGCCCUGCAUGCGUGCGGAGUGGCGACAGACAUGGUGUUGGAUCGCUGCCUCCAGGCGCGGGCGGGAUUUGUGAUUAGUCCGUGCUGCUAUGGGUUCAUUCAAAACACACUCAAGUUCAACUUUCCCAAGAGCGCGAGGUUUACAGAGACUCUGAGCUAUAAGGAGCACAUGGUCCUGUGCAGGUUUGCAGACCAGACGGCUGUCAGUUUACCCCCAGAACGACGAUUAAUCGGGAAGCGCUGUAUGGGACUGGUGGACUUGGACCGCAGUUGGGCCGCCGAGACUCAUGGGUAUUCUGUGAGGGUGAUGACUAUGGUCCCCGAGGGCUGCUCGCCUAAGAACAAUAUGUUGGUGGGGAUACCGACAAGAUAACACUGACUCAUGAGUUCGCUGUUUUUUGUAUAUUCCAUGAGAUGCUUGAUGUUACUUCUUGAGUUUUUACUUUGGACAAUUUAUAUUUGUAAGCAUUUCAUUUUAAGUGAUAGUUCACCCAAAUAUUAACAUUUUCCAGUCAUUCUGAUCUCCUUUGUUUUUGUGAAACAAAAAUGUUAGUCACUCUUUUCAAUACAAUGGUAUGAUGACAAGAUUUUAAUUUUGGGGUGAACUAUUCCUUAAUUUUUUUUCCUUUGAUCCAAAAGCAUUGAUUGCAUGGAUCAAUGUAUUUGCACAUACACACUUGAAUCAUGGUUUGAUCUAAUUGUGCAAUCAGUAUAUUUGUUUUUUGAUUCAGAUUUUUAAAAGGCUUUUAAACUUGACUUCAUCUUAACAAUUAGAGGGAUUUUUAUUUCAGUAACGUCUUGAUUUACAUGCCAGGGGUUUGUUUAUAAAAAGAGUCAAAAAACCAGCAUGCCCCUCAAUAAAUUAAACAUGAUUUCAAAUGCCGUUUGCAAAUCAGACACUUUGAGUUGUGUAAAAGCACCUUACACCCUUUCCUCCACCAUUAUCGUGUAUUAUGCACAAAACAAAGGAGUCUCAAAA